AUUUUGUUUCUCUGAUGCGUUCGGGUAAUUGAAGAGAAAACGUUUGUUUUUGUAGUUCGCGGAUUUUCGGGGGUUUCGGUCACAUGAAAUCGGCGGAGAAAAUCGCGGUGGUUGGGGGAGGAAUCGUCGGGGUGACAGCUGCUGUCGCUGUGAAGGAGACUUUCCCGCGGUGGGAGGUGGUAAUUUUUAGUGAAAACUUCACUCCUGACACCACCGGAGACGGGAGCGCCGGACUCUGGGGCCCUUUUCUCUGUGGAGUCGAGUCGCAGGAUAAUAUUGUCCGAUGGGGAGGUGGCACUCACCGUUGGCUCGAGAGCCUUUGGAAGUCGGGAUUGACACCCGAGACGGGAGUCCAACUGUUACCAGUCACUCGAGUAUCUAGCGUCCCCGGAUUCUAUCAAACGGUGGAAUGGUUACACUUGGUGUACGGCUAUCGUCGCCUAGGUGAUGCGGAAAUAGCGCGAUUGAAUGAGGAGCAUUGCGCUAAAUACUGCGAGGGUCUUGAGUUCCUGACGUAUACGAGCGAGCCGGUGAAACUUUUGCCCUGGCUAAUGAAUAAAUUUCGCUCAUUGGGUGGAACAAUGAGAACGAGAAGGAUCAAUAAACUGAGCGAAUUAGCCGAGGAGGGAUAUGGAAUUGUGAUAAACUGCAGUGGCCUUGGAGCACGGGAGCUCGUUGGGGACUCGAUGGUUAAACCCAUUAGAGGUCAAGUUACUCGGGUCAAUGCCCCCUGGUCCUACCGGGUUAUCCUUUGCGACGACGACGACGGGAAUUAUAUUAUUCCGAACGUUGAUAGUGUUAUUCUCGGUGGGACUCAUCAGGAAAACGACUACGACACAACUGUACGCCCCCUGGAGUCCAAGUUCAUUCGCCAUGGAUGCGCUAAAAUAAUUCCAGCACACGAAACCAGCGAAACUAUCAAAGAGUGGGUGGGAUUGCGCCCCGCGCGGCCAACGAUUCGGCUAGAGCUUGAAACCUUGCAAACAGCGAAUGGAGAGAACUUUACAGUAAUACACAAUUAUGGACAUGGGGGAAGUGGAGUGACAUUCGCCUGGGGUUGCGCCCUAGACGUAGCGGAGAUCCUGAAAGGAAUCCUCGACAAAGGGCCUACCUAUCGCUCCCGCCUGUAGUUACAUGUAGCUCCAAUUUCCCGUGAUCGUUGUAAAUCUAUUGAAAACAUAAGGAUUAAU